AUGACCCAUGUCGCGCUUUUCAAUAAUCUUCUCAGCAAAGAAUUCCUAUCUAUGGAGGAAUCUGGGCACCCGGAUGUUAUCCCCUCAGCGCUGUACAUACAAUGUGGGCUGGAGACACCAUAUAUGAUGCAUCAGCUCCUCGCAGCGUCAGCAUUGCACCUCAGCAUCAAGACACCCGAGUCACGAGGUCAUUACCGCGAAUAUGCCACUGGCUUGCAAACUCGUGCAUUAUCACUCUUCAACCAAAGCAACCCGAUCCUAGAGGUAACCUCGAGCAAUUGUGUCCAGAUGUUCAUGUUCUCGUCCAUGAUUGGUGUCCAUCUACUGUGCGACACAUUAUACUAUCAAAGAGACAGUCUAGAGGGCUUCGUCGACAGUUUCACGCACUGCCUUGCUGCCAAUCGGGGGAUCUUGACUGUCAUCGACCAAAGCCGGAAUUUGCUGCACGAGACGGAGCUGGGACCGCAUCUCAGACUGCCCGAAGUCCUCAUGCAGUCGACCGACGGCAGCGGAUCGGAAUGCGCCGCACUCUGGGAUCUGGCCAAUGCUGCAGACAUAACGCCAUCGGCGCGAAAGGCGUAUCGAGAUGCGAUAUUCUAUCUUCAGCGUUUGUUCGAUGCGCAGCAAUCAAGCUCUGGAGACAGGACUCGCAUGCCCAUGGUUUUCGUCUGGCAGGCAAUUGUCCCGCUUGACUACGUGGGCUUGCUGCGUCAGCGGCAACCGAUAGCCCUGGUCAUCCUCGCCCACUAUGCCGUGCUACUACAUCGUGGGCGCGGGCUGUGGCUGAUCGGCCAAGGCGGUCGGUUCUUGAUUGAGUCGAUCUAUGGAAGCCUACCGGAUUGGCAGCCAUGGCUGAAGUUUCCCAUUACAGCUCUGCGGGAUGAGUCGACUGCAACUUGA